UCGGCUGACCUUGGUAUGACAAUUAUCGGGCCAUCAUGACCGGCGAGGGAGUUAAAUAUAACAGCUGCCAGGCCUCUCACUCUCCACUCAAACAGGUUGCCAUAUAGCUGAUUUGGAUUUGGAGGAGAGGAACACAAGUCCUUACACUAUUUCACUGUUGACCAACCGCCGCUGACAUGGAAAUUGUCCUGAUCGGAAUAGCAGCAUGUGUACUUAUAGCGUCUUUAAAAUUCCUCUUCUGGAGAAGCAAGAACCAAGGCAACCUCCCCCCAGCACUUCCCGGUCUUCCUAUCAUUGGCAACUUUCACCAGAUCGAGAUAGGCUCGCUUCAUAUCAGUUUGGAUAAAUUCAGAAAACAGUUUGAAGGCAUUUUCCGUCUAAAUGUCUUUGGUCGCAACGUGGUAGUACUUGACUCAUUUGAUCUUGUGAAGGAGGCGUUGACUGCCACUACUCUUGCAGAAGUUUUUGCAUCCAGGCCGCCAUUAUUCCCUGGAAAAUAUAUCCUACCAAGUGACGUCAUAUUUCAACCUUACACGCCUAAAGUGGUCAAACUACGGAAGUUCAUGCACAAGGUUAUUCGGUUGUAUGGAAUCGAGUCCUCAUCAACUCACGACAUCAUAUACCGGGAAACUGACCAUCUGCUUGAAAGAUUCCAGAAUCAUGGCACGGAAAGUUUUUAUCCUCUCGAGGACAUUCACAUGUUUGUCGCCAACACCAUCUUGAUACUUCUGACAGGAAGACGUCGGGAAACGUAUGAUCAUGUGAUGGAGAGAAUAUCAAACAUCGACGAUCACAUGUCCAGCCUGGCAAAUCCCGGCAAUAGUCCUGAGAUAGAGAUGUUUCCAUUGCUUCGGUACUUCCCCCACAACCCCUGGCGAUCUUGCAAAAAGUUGUCAGUGUGUAUAGAUGACAUCAUAGGCCAGUUUCGCAAAGAACAUUCUGAGGGCGGCAUUGACGAGCAAAGCAUCAUGGGCCAGUUGCUGUCUGGUGACGUGGAACUGGACGACGGCGGCAAAAUCAAUGAGGAAGAUAUGAGGGGCAUCGUUACUGAUCUGAUUGCAGCAGGCGUUGAAACUACACGACAGACGCUUCUAAGUACGUUACUUUUCAUCGCAACACAUCGAGGUGUCCAGCAGAACAUUCAGACUGAAAUCAGACGAGUUAUUCCCCUUGGGUCAAGAAUAACAGCUCCUGACAAAGCACACCUCCCCUACACCAACGCUGCGUUGUUGGAACAUAUGAGGUUGUAUACGCCUGUCCCACUGCCGGUGUUCCACGCGACAAGUCGGGAUGUUGAUUUCCAUAGUUACCAGAUACCCAAAGAUACUGCAGUCCUCUACAAUAUAUGGUCAAUACAUCACGACGAGAAUUUCUGGGAGCGACCGUUUGAUUACAUUCCUGAGAGAUUCCUCGACGAAAACGGCGCUCUUCUUUCAAGCGAACACGAGAAGCGCCGUCGUGUUAUUCCUUUCGGCCUUGGAAAGAGGUCCUGCCCUGGGGAGAGUUUAUCGCGUCUCCGUACCUUCCUUUGUGUGGCCAAUAUCUUGCAGAAUUUCGACAUCGUAGAGGAUGAGGCAUCGCCCCUCCCUCCUCCCGAUCCACGGCUCUAUGGGCAGGGGAUUGUUCUGAAAACACCAGCGUAUAAGAUACGGCUCCGGAGGAAAUGAAAAUGGAAUUCUGACGUCUGGACGUGACUGACUGGACUUCUGACUUCUGGACGUGACUGACUGCAAUUUCUGGACAGAUUUCACGAUUUCAUGAUUCACGACGGUUAUGCAUUACUUGGAACUUACAGAACGUAACGAUUGAAUAUUACUCAGUUAGCAUUUACUCCCUCGCUUAAAUGAACGUGUGUGAUUGUGUAGACUGUCUGUAAAUCCACAUACUAACUAAGACAUGUAGCCUACACAAUUGGAUUUUUUACGCUGUUACACCUCCAUGGAAGGUCGCGUCAGGUGAAAUCUGAACGAACUGUGAUUGUCCAAUCUAUAUAAUUAUAAAUAUAUGUUGCAAUUGCUGUUGAGCCAAUCUGAUUUCUGAAAACCUUCCGUCUUCAUUCGUUAACAGUCAAUCUAACACCAAUUAGGAAAUAUCGAUCUUAGCAAAGGAAAACCGCCACAGAAAAUAAAUAUGCACUUUAUAGUACAGCCUUUGGGUGUUGACGUCAUUGCACCCGGGAACGACAGGGCGUAUUAGAUAUCUAGAACAAUAUAGUAGACCGGCUUUAUGUCUGUUGUAUUUGGAACUCCCAGAUUAUGUAAACUUUCGAGAUGCAGAAAUCAGCUAAGCUUGACUGAAUGCUUUGCCGACUCGAACCAGAACUUAAAGGCUUGACGCUGAUUGGCUACUACAGAGGGGUUCUUAGAUCUUCAUGCCUGGAGUUAUCGUGUCUGAUUGUAUCUGAUCUAUAAAGAUCUGAUUGUUAUGAGAUUUGUGGUCUAUACAAUGAAAUUCUGGUAUCGCUUUACGCAUAUCAAAUGAUUCAUAUGUUUCAACUAAAGGUGAAAUAUGAAUAUUGAAUCAGACUUUUCAGAAAACGUGCCCGUGUUCUAUACAAGACAUGUGUCAGGACUCCGAAUCCUGUGGUCUAAGGGGAGGUAAUACGUUGUCCACCCAUAACUGCCAGGUUAAUGAGCACACCUGACUGAAAUGAAUGAAACAGGGCGGUAGGGUAGCCUUGUGGUUAAAGCGUUCGCCCGUCACGACGAAUACCAGGGUUUGAUUCCCCACAUGGGUACAAUGUGUGAAGCCCAUUUCUGGUGUCCCCCGCCGUGAUAUUGCUGGAAUAUUGCUAAAGCGGCGUAAAAACAUACUCACUCGAUCAUAAUGAAAAAUGGUAUUUGCAGUACAUAUAUUCCGUUUUGGGGGACAUUCCAAAAAUUGUUUGAGGUAUAGAAAGCUGAAAUUGUUAAUCUAUUUUUCUUCUGUUGAUGACAUCAUAUUGUGUGAACAUCUGUAGAAAUUACUGUUACUUUUAAGUCCUCAGUAUUUAUGAAGAGGACAGUAGAAUGGCAAUGCUAAUUGGCCAUCCUUGUUGACACUUAAAGCUACUUAUCCAGGUGAGCUACAGUCCCUUACUGCUAUGCUUUUGCAAUACCUUGGCAAGAAAACAGUUGACUGGAAAGAAAUGCCCUUGUCAAUCGCGAUGCUUUGUCAGCGUGUGACCCGAAAUAAAAGGUGUUUAUUAUA